AUGAAUACAAAGCGGCUCAUCCAAUCCGCCAACUGGGUACGUAAUGAACUGCUCGUGAGACUCGCCCAUCGAAUUCGGGAUUUCCAGCAACUGCCGUUCUACGUGGGAACCAAUCCGAACAUUGAAUUCGUGUAUCGACUGUAUUGGGGGGCAUUUGAAACUAUACGGAAAUUCCCAGUAAUCAAGAACAAUGACGACAAUGAACGGUUUUGUGCCAUGCUGACCGAUUUACUCGAAGAUGGGCAAUUGGUCAUUCCAAGUAUGGCAUUGGGCGUCAUGGAAUGCGCCUCAUAUUAUUCGCCUGGGCAACGUGAUCUCGAUCGGUUCUUAAAUCGUAUGCUACGGUCUCGUAUUUCUCGCAGGGUCCUGGCGGAACAACACUUGUCGUUAACCGAAGCCUGUGAGCAUGACUGGGAUGAAACGAUGGGAUUUGACGAUGGCUAUGUGGGAAUUAUCUAUGUCCAUUGUUCGGCCCGCGAGAUCGUAUCGCAUGCACAGAAAUUGGUGUAUGAACAUGCGCACGGUCUGUAUUUUCAACAUUACAACAACGAAAAGCCACCCAGUGGUUGGAAACCGCCCGUGAUCCAAGUCGAACUUCAUCAAUCAGUUGGGCGAGGAUACCAGCAAGCCGAGGAUAAAGAUGAAAUCAUCUUUGCCUAUGUACCGGAGCAUCUGGAGCAUAUUUUAUACGAACUACUAAGUAAUGCUGUACGGUUUACCAUGGCCAACUAUCUACCGGAAAAUUACCCACCGAUUCGAGUGACGGUGAGCGCCAAUGCAACAGAUGUGUAUUUUCGGAUAUCGGAUCAAGGCAAAGGCAUCUCAAAGGAGCGGUUUGAUACAUUAUGGUCUUACCAGUCACGCAAAGUCAGCGAUCAAUUGCUCAACUUUAAGCAAGUGCACAAGAUGCCUACGAAGGUGAAGGAGCGAGCCGAGAUGGCGUCGGGUCAAGGGAUAUACCUCGGCAUGGGAUUGCCGCUAAGUCGAAUCUUUGCCGAAUAUUGGGGAGGGGAACUUCAAGUGUUGACCAUGGACGGGUUUGGCACGGACGCCUACGUACGGAUCCCACGGCUGGGAACCCAAGCUGAAAAUCUCGGUUUCGAGAAACAUCCCUUAUACACCAGUAAAAAGCAAAAGAUCAAAGCGGGAAAUUCCACCAUCAAAUCCAAAAAACGAUCACCCAUGGAAGAAGAAGCCGAACUUGACGUCCAAAAGCAACCUACUGCCGUCCAUCAUUAUCGACGAUCCGUCGAACAGCAAACCGGAUUACCGCCUGUAACCGGAAAUGGCUGGAACCACAGCAGCAUGAUUCGAUCUUGA